UCGUGUACACACAAACGUCCCAUCCGAAGCACACACCAGCGGACCGGUUUGUCAUCUGCACUUAUCUAGUACUGCACUCAUUCGGUCCAAUAAAAAAACCAACAGAGGAACACACAAUAUUAUACAUACAUUAUAUAACACCAUGGCAUUCGCACUUUUCGCCGUAUCGGCUUGCCUGUUGGUAGCCGCCAACGCCGCGCCGAUCUCCGUGCCGUCUUACCCAUCAGCGCCCGCUUACCCGUCGGCCGCGCCCUCGUACUCGCCGUCGUACAAGCCAGCCUACAAGCCGGCGCCAUCUUACGCCCCGGCACCGUCUUACGCCCCGGCUCCGGCCUACUCGACGCCGUCGUACUCGGCUCCGGCCUACUCGGCUCCGUCGUACUCGGCUCCGUCGUACUCGGCUCCGUCGUACUCGGCUCCGGCCUACUCGGCUCCGUCGUACUCGGCACCGUCUUACUCAGCACCGGCGUACAAGUCGUACGAACCCGAGUACCCGGCCAAGCCGUACAGCUUCGAGUACGCCGUCAACGACUACCACACCGGCGACGUCAAGAGCCAGGCUGAGUACAGCGACGGCAAGAACGUCAAGGGCUACUACAGCCUGAUCGAGCCGGACGGCACCAAGAGGAUCGUCGAGUACACCGCCGACGAGUACGGUUUCAACGCCGUCGUCAAGAAGGAAGGCACGCCCACGUACGCGCCCGCCCCGGCUUACAGCAAACCCGCGCCGGCCUACAAGCCAGCUCCUUCUUACGCCCCGGCACCGGCUUACCCGUCGGCCCCGGCUUACUAGAAAAGGCCACGAGGUUCUCCCCAAGCGCCUUUCGGGCCGCGUGUAAAAACAAAACCAAACACUAAUUAGUUAUAUUGUAUUAUUAUUACCAUAAUAUUGUUCUUGUCAUUUUCUGUCAUCGUUUGUUUUCUAUAAAUGUAGAUUUUUUUUUUUUUUGCCCAUCUGAGUACUAAAACGGCGUAUCAAUGUUGUUGUUAUGAUAUAAUAUAUAUAUAUACGAUAUUUCAAGCUGUAAAAAGUCUUAUAUAAAUUUUGUUUGUAUAAUUUGUACUAGUUUCGAGGUCAUAAUAUUUACCUUGACUUGUCCAAUUUUUUCUAUGUGUUUGUGACCUAACUAAAUGUGAAAUUUCGGAUGGUCCAAUUUAAAUUUUCUUAAAAAAAAUAAGAAUUUAUUGGCCUCUUUACUGGCGAUCAUGUUUUUUUUUUUGUAAUUAAUUAUAAUUAAUGUUUGACAAUUUUGUCGACAUUACAUUUUGUACAUCGCAUAAGUGAAAAAAGAUAAAUUCGUUUCCAACAUGGCCUAUUGUAAAGUAGCCGAAGAACUCUUAUAUUUUUACAGAAUUAAAAUCGUUUGUCAGGCUUUUUGGUUUGAAACCGGCCGCUUUCAAUGUAGCCUUAACAUAAUAUUCAUAGGACAUCCUGUACAAAAUUUAAUAAUUACUGUAACAUAAUAUUACUACAAUAAUAUAUUGUUAUAGCUUUUUCGUUA